GGGCGGCGCAGUGCAGCGGCGGCGAUGGCGCCGGCGGCGUCGAGGCUGCAGGCCGAGGCCGGCUUCGGGGCGCUCGCGCGGCGGGCCCUCGCCAGCUACCUGCUCCUCCUGCGGCUGUACCCCGUGCUCACCAAAGCGGCCACCAGUGGUAUUCUAUCAGCAUUUUCGAACUUCUUGGCUCAGAUGAUUGAGAAGAAGCGAAAAAAAGACAACUCUCAAAAUCUGGAUGUCACUGGGCCUCUCAGAUAUGCAAUUUAUGGGUUCUUCUUCACAGGACCAGUGAGCCACUUCUUCUACCUCUUCAUGGAGUACUGGAUCCCUCCUGAGAUUCCCCUGGCAGGAGUCAAGAGGCUUCUCCUGGACCGCCUCCUCUUUGCACCAGCCUUCCUGGUGUUGUUCUUCCUCGUCAUGAACUUUCUGGAGGGGAAGGAUGUGUCCACCUUUGCUGCCAAGAUGAGGAGCAGCUUCUGGCCAGCUCUGCAGAUGAACUGGAAAGUGUGGACGCCCUUGCAGUUCAUUAACAUCAAUUACGUCCCACUGCAGCUCCGGGUGCUCUUUGCCAACCUGGUGGCUCUCUUCUGGUACGCCUACCUGGCCUCUCUGGGGAAGUGACAGUGGCCUGGGGAGAACAUCAUGUACAGUGUGGGAGAGGGAUGAACCAACCUGGUCAGGACUUUAUCUGACUAAAUGUGAUUUGGAAUGCCCUAAAAUUAUAGAUGCAGAAGUUUCUCAGUGUUAGAAUCUUGUGUUUUAAAAAGAUAGUAGCUGACAUCAGAAACUUAAAACACGAUAGACACAAUUUUAGUUGGACCUUGUACCAAAUUAGGACUGCAGAACUAUCAUGGAGUUUCUUCAGUGGUGACUUUAACUUCUCAGAACAAUUGUUAUUUGUUGCUUUGGGAGAAAAGGGAGGCCAGAUUUGUGUGGUGACCUGCAUAUAAAAUCUGCCACCUAAUUGCACUCAUCAGUGGCAUUAACUACAGUUGCCAUGAUGUGCAGCUAUCACUACCAUUCAUUUCAUUCCCAGGACUUCUUCACUUUCCCAAACUCAAACUGUCCCAUUAAACAGACUCCCUACUCUCCCUGCCCCAGCCCCAGGUACCCACGAUUUUACCUUCUGUCUAUGAAUUUGAUUCUAGAAACCUCCUGUGAGUGGAAUCCCAGUGUUUGCCCUUUGAUGACUGGCUUAUUUCACUUAGCAUAAUCCUGUCAUGGUUUGAAGGUAGUGUCCCUUCCAAAAUUCAUGUUGAAGUGUAAUCCUCAUCAUAGAGUCUUAAGAGGUGGUUCCUUUUGAGACAUUGUUAAGUCUCCUAUGAUUGGAUUAAUGCCCUUAUAAAAGAGGCUUUGAAAAGAUUUCCUGUCUUGCCCUUCCAUCCCUGCCACCCUGUGAGGACACAGCAUUCCCCUUCAAGGAUGCAGCAGUAAUGUGCCAGCCUAGAAGCAGAGACCAGGCCCUCCCCAGUGGCACCUUGAUCUUGGACUUCCCAGUCUCCAGAACUGUGAGAAAUAAAUUCCUAUUAUUUAUAAA